AUAAAUUGAAUGACAAGUACAUUGCGCAGAAAUCGUUAAUUUUUCGUUAGCUAUAAUUUAAUUUGUCUUAUUUUUGGAUACACAUACUUUAUACGAAAUCUAGCAAACUAUGAAUAAAUUUAUAUUCGAAUAUGUUUUAAAAUGUUUGAAAGAACGAAACGGAAGAUUUACAAGGCCCUAUUAAACGAGAGUUGGUUGAAAAAUUUGGUUGAAAAAUAAAAUCAAUACUCCGUUUUUUUGUUAUUAAAAGGAAACUAGUCUUGCGCGUUCACACAUCUUUGAAACUCUUCCUCUUCCGCCAUUCUUAUUUCGCUGAUGAAGCAUGUAUGUACUGGUAUGGAAGUUCAACCAAGAAAUUCCCCCCUACUUGUCCCUAACUGCAUACUCCCGCAAGAUUUCCAAGGUAUGCAGCAUGCGUAAUAUAUAUACAGAUAUAUAAUGUCACGAUACUGCAUAUAAAGGUAUAAAAAUACGGCAUGAAACGAUGUGGCGUGGAUGUAUAACCAUUUAUAUACUAUCCACUAUAUACACAAAUACUUGUGGAACUAACAGUGUAGCAACGUUGCCCUCGCGCAUGCGUGAGUCAGGUGCGAGCGCUUGAGCGAGUGCAGCAACAGGUAGGCCCCGUCUCAGAACAGUUUUUUUCCUCUUUUAUUAAAAAAAAGUCGUGUCUUCGACGAUUUUACUAUUCCUCCAGGUGAUAGAGCUACACGAUUUUUGCAGUUAUUUAUGAGAGCACAUUUCGAAUAAGCGUUCAAAAAUAAAAAAAAAUAUUAGGAUAUUUCAAAAUAACGAUAUCGAGCCGCGAGAGGUUAGAUCGUCGCGGCCAUCGUUGAAAAUAUUGCGAAGAGGGGAAGCAAAUAAGUGUGCGUGCGUGUUUGUCGCUUGGCACUGUCCAUGUGUCCUCCAAUUUCUUUCGAAAUAAGCUACUGUUGUGUUCGAGUAUUCGAAGAGCCGGCUGCUCCAUUUUGACAUCUCUAAAAUUCAUUUUUUCUCAACAUCUUUGCCGAUUGAAAUAAAUAUUUUUGCAACCGAUGAAUACUCGUGUAUCCUUUUAUUCUUUAAUCCGUUCUUCCAGUUCGAAGAGACACAUUCCACGCAAGUGUGUAAUGUACGUUCUCGGCAGUGUUCAUCGGUGAUUUACAACUUUCGGAUAAACGUGAAUAAUCAGUAAACUAUUAAAAGUGUUUUGUUGUGUUACCGAUCGCGGGUAAAGUGUGUGUGUGUUUUUUUUUCUUUUUUUUUCAAAUUGUUCGGGGACACAAACGCGCGCGUUUUGUGUAUACAGAUAUACAAUUAUGUUUCGGCAAUAUUGAGGAAUUCGUGAACCGGUUGUGUGUGUCUUUACUCGGAUUAAAAUUCGUGAGAGAUGAGGUCCAUUCGGGAUGCUGUUCGAGCAGGUUUAGCGAUCGCAUCGCGCUCGUUUUUACUCGACGGUUGAACGUCUUUUUUCCUUUUCGUUUUGGUGCGCAAAACGAUCGUAGAAUACGACGACCCCAUGAAAAUCCGCAUGUACGAUGUCAACGACGAACGUUCAGCUGGAUUUAAGUGCUCAGCAGCAGCAAACGGAAGAUGAACAAUUUUAUGGAAGGAGGAAGGCGGAACGGCAGGAGCAAUUGUCGAGGAGACGAGGAGGCACAGGAGCGAGCAGAAGUCUCGCUGAGAACCCGAUUCAAGGACGUAGAUGCGCGAGAUGCGGCGGAGCCUUCGGUAGAUUUUACAACACCGGGGCCUCCUGUCCGCGUUGCAGGCACAGAGUGUGCCGGCAGUGCCGUGAGUUCAGGGGGUCCAACGGGGCAAACAACAAGGGGGAACAACAAGGAGCUGACUGGCUCUGUGCUGUUUGCCACAAGAUAGCAGAACUCCGCUCUGCAACCGGAGAUUGGAUAUACGAGACAGCCACGUUGACCAAGCCCCGUUUCGUCGUUGCCAAGAAGAAUUCUCCUGUUGACAUUAUCAAGCGUAGCAUUCGUCGAGCUUGGACGAUAAGUGGUCCGCCGGCACGUUGGUCGAUCUCGAGAAAAUCACCGGCGUUCAGAAUCUACAGGAGUUUACCGAUACGCGAAAAAAUAUACGAAAGGAACGUUGACGAGGACGAUAUCGACGAAUCGAACUUUCCCGGGCUGCCUGAACCGAAUGAAAUAUCAAGGAUCCAUAAUGACGAUAAUUCACAAGUGAUUCAUCGACAGAGUGUCGAGAAUAUUGUUCUGACUGAAAAGUCCAAGGUCAAUCGUAUGAAUGACAGCUUUUAUGACGAGCGAAGCAUCGACUCGUUCGACUCAAAAAGUGCUAAGAAUCUCAAAUACGAGACUUUGCAGUUAUCGACGAAAAAUGAAAUAAAUAUUGAGAAAAAACAUAAGAUUUCGGAAUUCGAUGAUACCACUUUAGCAGAGACGAAUAAACGACGGAAAAACGAACGUGAAACAACGAACGAACGAGGAAAAAACGAACCGACGGAUGUUUCUUCUGCACAAGAAAAUUCACAACCACGGGUUUCACUUAUAAAACCGCCGAGAAUAAUUACGAGAAUCGGAAAUGAGAACAAACAAACACCCAAACAUGGCGAUAGAAAAUCCAGUAUACCAAUAUUUCGUAGAAAUUCUCGCGAGUUCGAGGAUAUCGGGAGUCCACAAGAAACCGCAAAACGGUCCUUGAUACCUCAGAGAUAUCGUGGAAGCACCGACGAUCUCCGAAGAAGCAGAGAGGACAUAAGCACGCCGAGUCAUAUACCGAAAUUGUUUUCCCCUCGUAACAAAGACUCGGAAAAGCUCAAACGUCAAGACAGUCGAGACGACGUGCGGCAAACAUCGAAAGGGAUCCGGCGGGAAAGUAUUCGACAAGAGGAAAAUCGUAGCUCGUAUUUCUCACCGUCGUAUUCGCGCGAGGAUCAAAAAAGUGGGGUGAGGAUAUUUCGACGUGACAGUCGUGAGGACGUGGGUAGAGAAGCUACGAGCUUGCCGAGUUUGUGCAUCGCACGAACACAAAAAACGCAGUGCAAGGACGAGAAACAAGAUAGAAACGAGGUAGAACGAGUGGGUGAUACGAUAACGAGAUCCAAGUCGUGUCCGAGUGAGCAAGGCAAGACAAGAACAUUCGGAAAAGAGAACAGUAACGUUUUCGAAACGCAAAACUCCGAACGUUUAUUAUUCUCGGAAGAAGAGAAUAUCGUCAUCGACGAAUCUCCGAAAAACGAUCGAGCGAUCGUUGAGCCGCCAAAAAUGGCGAACGAAAAAACAAUGAUGGAGGAACCUCUGGAUAUUUUGGAAGCAAAGCCAAUAACCCACUCUGAAGAUAGCGUGGACAACAUCGAACUAAAUGUGAAAAUCAGUCGCGAGGAAAUUGAGAAAGAGAUUGAAAGUAUGCACAUCGUCGAAACUCCGGUUAUGCCAAAACCGGGAGCGAAUGAAUUCAUCGAGCCAGUUUUCAAGAACAAAGAAAUAAUUAUCGAUACGAGUAGUUGCCGUGAAGCUGAUUUUCCCGGUGCCAUUAUCGGAGAAAAAAAAAUAAACAACGAAUCGUUCUGUCUCAAGAGAGUCGAGGAUAUACAAGUCGUUCGCCGGAAAUUUUCGAAAGAAGAAUUUUCAAAUCCGGACGAUACCGAUGAAACUCUCAACCGACGUUCCUCGAGCCAUCUUUCUCCUGAAGCUAGUCCCUUGAGCACACGAUCAUCGCGUUACAGUCCACGUGAAAGCGAGAGCGAACCGACACCCGCGCUUCCACGAAAAAUUGGGAACGGCGACUCCUCCUCAGCAUCUCAGAGAAUAAGAGAUGCGAUAACACGAACGAGACGCGAAUCGAACAGCAGUGCAAGAUACGAAAGCAGCGGUAGUGAGAGCGUUAGAUUGAGCGAAUCUGGACUGAACAGUUAUGCUGAUCUAGCAAGACGAGUCAAACUGUUUGGCACUGGCGGAAAUGGUUUAGGCCCGUCAUUGGGAAACGACGAGCCCAUUCAACGGGACAGCGCUACGAGUGCUGGUGAGGACGAACCGCACGAGGAUUGUCACUCACGAGGUCCUGGAUCGUCUCAAGGACGAACAAUGCUGCGACGACGUCGUCAGUUCGAUGCGCAGGGUUCACGGAGACGAGGAAGAUCACACGCGAGAACUUACUGCGGCGAGGAAUUGCAGAAUCUCCAAGCUCUUCACGUUUUAGGACGCGGUGGUGGACGUCAAUCGAGUCCGACGCAGUGCCAAGAAACACAGAAUCCUGACUACAGACGUCUCGUAUUCAUAAGCUCCGAUUCGUCCUCCGGACGCGAGGAAGACGACGCCGACAGCAGCUGCUCCGGUUCUUCUUACCUCAACGGUUUACCCAGAAACAAUCACGCUCAGAGUCUCGAGGAUUGCGACUGGGACUAUUUCGAGAGUGGUACAUUACCGUUGCCCGGUGGAAUUACAGACUCUUCGCUCAACGUUGACAACGCUCUCUCACGAGACUGGAGCUGCUGUCCAGGCCGUGGGUCCGCUGCUUGCCUGGCUUGCGGUGGUUCGCCAGGUGCUAAUGUACUUCCGGUUCCAGUACCCAUACCCGUUCCCGUGCCGUAUCCGGUUCCGGUGCCUGCAUCAUUGUGGACCGGAGAUUUCGCCGCAGCUGCAUCGUCAAUGAUAACUCGUGGAGCAACGCCAGAGGGAACGCUUCGUUUGCGUGGCGAUCCAUCGGCUCCUUGGUUCUCCUGGCAUCCGAGAUUCAAUCAGCCAUUGAACGGUGCGAGAAUCGAUUCUAAAAGUUCAGUCGGUGGAUUCGAUCCGCGGGCGUUCGUAUUCAAACCUGAGGAAAUAGUACCAAGAAUCUACAGUCCCGCUGUCGAAGAAACUCUGACGCUAUCCCCGGACCCUGCGGUCGCAGUUACUGAAAAUUUGAUAGAAAAUUCAGUCGAUCGACCCACAAACGAUCACCAAAAUGUCGAGCAACCAUCCCCCGAAUUCAGAAUCUCCGAAGAGCCGCAAAAUCCAGAAAUAUUGAAUGAAAUUCCGGGGACGAAUGUCCUCAUGACUGACGAAAAAAUAGUGCCGGAAGUGACUGAAACUGAGGCCCAUUUACCCAAAGCCGUUGACGAGACCUCUGCUAAAAAAGCGAUUUCUUUGGAAAGACAAUCGGUCAACGACACCGAAGAUAGUUCCGCGGAAUCGGGAUCCAGUCGUGAAAACAAUAACGAGGGCGACGACGACGAAGACGAAGAAGAAGAACAAAGUAUGUAUCAUCAUUCGCGUGAAAAUUCCGCCAGUUCAUCCGGUCGAUCAUCGGCCGACAGUAGCGACCUUGAGGACUCGGCAUCUCAUCGUUUCUCCCGAGUUUUCGUCGUUAACGACGAUUCACUAACGAGUGACAAUGAGAUCGAAGAUAAUGAAGAUUCCGACUCGCCUCGUGAAACUCUCGUUAAACUCAAGCGAGUCACGUCGCUCGCGGAGAUCGAACCAGUUGUUUUACGACGGGUUCGUCUUCUCGACGAGGACAUGACCUUGCCGCGAGAACCCGGAGAUUUGGACAAUUCUUCAGAGCGCAAUGCUGAACGACCACCGAACAGAGCUGAGCGAAAAAUCGAUCUCUUCGCUGAGCACGAUCAGGACGCAAAUGAAAUUUAUCUCGCGAGUUCAACAGAUUUUUCCGAAAAUAAAAUACAAUUGAAAUCAAUAAAAAAUCUUAACCCCGAUGACGAGAAAUUAUCUACGGUUAAUAAUGGCGAAGAUCUCGAUGUUUCGGCUGAAGAAAAUAUUUCGAAUCAAUUGGUUGAAAACAAUUGGGAUUCCGUCAUAACUCCCGAUUCACUCGAAAUUGUUGAUUCUUUAGACCGUGACAAUGCGGUAAAACGUGACACUGCAUCGCUCAAAUGCGAUACAUCAUCGAACUGUGACGUUGAAUCGAACGUUCGUAAGUGUUCUAGCGAAGUAGAAAUUGCCUCGAAAGGUUUGACAGCGGGUGAUAAGGACGAUGGUCCUGUAACGAAAAACAAUGGAGUUUUCUUAUUGGUCGAAAACGUGUCUUUAGAAAUGUCACAAUCCGAAAUGAUUGAUCAGAAGCUUGUGGAUGUUGGAAAGAUUGAAAAAAGCAUCGAAUCACAAAAUUCUUCAUCGACGACCGACAGCAGUGAAAUAAAUACGACUGGAAGCGAAAUAAGCAGCGACGAGCUACACGAGUACGAAAUAAUUUCAAACAAGAGUGAUCUUCAAACACCCGAAAAAUCGGCUGCAGGACAAAAUUUGAACGCAGUGAGCGCAUUACCACGAAAAAUAUUACGCCUGGAAAGUGCGUCGUCACCGAAUUCAGAACGAAUUGUUGAACAAUCUCCGUUGCAUGUUUCAACUCCAAAGAAGGAAUCUUCUUCGCCCGCGGUACCUCCGAGACCGCAGAAAGUCUCGGCGGAAUCGUUGAAAGCUCAAGAAAACUGUCGUACCGACGAAAAAUUGAUUUUUCUUGAGAGAGGGAAGAGUGGUGCGUGCGAGCCGGAUGCACAUGCGCUAACUCGAAACGUCGGUGACAUAAUAUCCAGCAAGAUACAGGAAAUUUUCAAAAAUUCAGGCUCUCGAAAGGAGGAGGAUGAGAGAACGGUGGAGUGUAUCGGUAGGUCGCGUGACGAAAGCAUCGCGGUGAGAGGCGAGAAACCCGAGGUGUCUCAGGUGGGAGGUGAUAGCGAGGUCGUCGGCAGCGAAUGUGGAGGUGGAAAUAACGAAUGGUCGAGCGACGCGAGGGAAAAGGCUACAACGAGAUUCCGCUCAGUCGAGCGACGCACGCCCACACGAAAGGAGAAUGGCGGCUGCUUUUCACCUACGUCCACGACGACGAGGGAACAACAACAACAAGCGAGAGCAGCAACUUCCAACUUUCCCUCAUCCAUUAACAACAACAACAACAACAACAACAAGUACAGGAGCCUCGUGAUGAUUACCCAAGGGGCUUAUCAGCCCGUGAGUGUUAUCACAUCGGAUACGACAACUUUGUUACAACCGAACGAGAACGAAACGCAAUCGAGUCAAGGAUUAGCAGGAUACUUUCAUCUCGCUCUCGAAUCGGUUAACGACGCGAAUCCUCGGAACGGACAACCACCCCGAAGGCCUCUUAUGGUAAAGCGUUGUUCGGUAACGACGGAACGUGAGAUAGAAACGAAAACGAGUGUCGAAAGUAAUAGUGAAAACGAGGAUGUGCUCAAGAACUAUUGUAAAAUUUCUUCGAACGAUACGUGUGAACAAUCAAUCGGCUCUAAAGUUGUCGUUGAUCGUAACGGUCUCUCGCAAAACGAGCAACAGACAUCGCCGCGUUCGAAAGUACCGAAUACUUCGAUUCAAACGAACGAAGAGUGUUCCACGAGUUCCGGCUUGGUUAUACUCGAGGAGGGUCUCGCCGACGAUGAUUCUUGGGUCGAGGAAGUCUCCCACGACGAGGAUGAACAAAGUGUGACUACGGCUACGGAGGAGAGCUCCGAGGACGAGGCCAACAACCUCGGUGAUCGUGAGGAAGAAUUACGCGGUUAUCACCGUCAGGCUAUUGACUUUACGCUCCAUACGAUCGUCGAGGAAUCUUGCGAGGAGAGCGAAGCUGAGCCCAGCCUCGCUACGAAUUCACCGAGGAAAAAACGUCCCCCUUCUGCCUCGGAAUUGGAAAAAUAUUUCUUCUUUGGUCUCGGCGGUGAAAACAAUGUCGCCGCUACGAGUUCCCGAGAAAUUGACAGUCUCUCCGAGACUUCUUCGAUCUAUUCGGAAGGUCUUGAAUCCUUGGGUCAGGACGAAACGACGACGACGACGACGACGACGAAUAAUCAGGAUAACGCGAACAAGGGUUCCAACGAGUUUUUGAAUUCUUCGAGAUUAGAAAAAUAUUUUCUUUCAGAGUUUCUCGGUUUCGAUCAAGACCGUCGCGACUCGGAUGGCUCGGUGGGCAGUGAUUCCGAAGGACGUCCCAGUCCCGAGGCUCAACGUCGAAAGCGUCUCGUCCGAGCCCGCGGAACCGGAAGAUCGUCGCACAGUUCCUCCCUGGACAACUUAUUGGCCCUCGCCCAAGGCUCGCAAAAUCUGAGCCUACAAAAUUCUCUGCAGGACUUGAGCCUUGCCCAGGACUCCCAAGAGACUCAAUCGGAAGGCUCAUCGACGGAGACCGAUGGCGCUGAAGAGGCUGGACAAACGCCAGCUUUUGGUACCGACGGACAAUUCGACACGGUCAAACGUAAGAAGAAAAAACCACGAAAUCUCGGUACCCAGAGUCCGCGUGUCACGGACGACACGAACAAAACCCCUGAACCGAGGGAAACAAUUAUCCUUGACGUUUCGCCGGAAAACGACAACGAAACCAUUAAUUCCGACGACGAAAGAGCGAAAACUCCCCAACCAGAAAGUUCGCUUCACUCCUCGUCGUCGUCCUCUUCGCAGAACGAUGGCGCGCGUGGCUCACAAGCGAGCUCGAGCGACACGAGCUCGUCGCGCGGCAAGCAAGCUUCUCGCGAUUCCGGUUUCGUUGGAAGCUGUGACGAUCUGUUGCAGCAUCAGAAAUCAUCGAACAACGAUGCUCAAUCGCACGACGCGAACUCUGAAAAAGAUUCGCAUUCUCGUCCGGAACGAACGCAUCGCGGUGGCAGCCACGAGAAUGACAAGAGGCGUGGAAAAUCGGAGCUUCAUCACGGGCCGAGCAAUACUCAGCCUCCUCCGAAUGCUUCGCUCUCUCGUAAAGACAGUUUCAACAAUUGGUCGAGUGACGAAGAAACGAAUUUGAUGAUGUCGAAGAUGCGUCAGUUCUUCAAAACAAUGGUGGCGAGUACGAAUUCACCGAUUGCUGCGAGCAACUCGAGCGGACCUUCGCCAGCGCCGAGCCCGAGGCUGACCGGUUAUUCGAGGGUUAAAAUGUGCUCGCAAAAUCGUACGAAGCCACCGCAAUUGGUUUAUUUCGAGAACGAAUUAACGAGGUUGAUGAAAACCGUGCCGGGAAUAAGGGACGAGCAGGUACGCGAGAUCGUCGAGUAUUUGAGUUCCGAAGACACUUGGUCGGAUUCUUAUGAUAGUUCGGAUUAUACGAGUUCGGAUCUCGAGGGUGCCGCGGGUGGUAGACGAUCGGCGCUGCAGGAACAAAUAUCCCAAAGUUGUCAGCAGAUAAUCAAUAAAUUUGAUACGAAUUUGGGCGAGCAGAGCACGGUGAUCGGAGCCACGACGACCGCGACAACGAGAAUCUCCUCCGCAACGGAGAGAACGAGAGAAGAAAUACCAAGUGCGAUGAUAGCUCAACAACAGCAACAACAGCAACAACAACAACAACAACAGCAGCAGCAGCAUCAGCAGCAGCAGCAGCAACAACAACAACAACAACAACAACAACAACAGCCUUGUUUGGGUCGCGACACAGCUUUCGUUUACCAAAAACUUGUGCAAAGCUUCACGAAAAUAGCCGCCGAUGGCCCAAGCUCCGAUACCAAUUCCACGCCUCACAGUAGUCCGCCUCUAAUUGCCAAAGUUAUGCACCACAUUGGCAGUCGUUUGGUCGCCCUUAUGCACGAAGUUUCCGAGGGUGGUCCAACCGUUCAGCCACACGCGACGUGGCGAAGAUACGCCCAACAUCAUCAUCGUGCACCGUCUUCAGCUUCGACCACCGAAGACGACGAUUCAACCUCGGACUCGACGAAUCCACCCUCUUCCAGUCACUUGCCAAGAUCCAAGUCUCACGAUCCUCUGCUCCUGAUAAACGGACAUCCUGCAACGAGUGGCGGCCAAGAAGGCGAGGAACGCGAAGCCAGCGAUUACGAGAGAUUCUCCUGGCGCGGCAGCUUCGAGUCUGCACUCAUGGCUGCUGAUUCGAGAACUAAAUUGAGCCUUUUGGCUUGCUCCGGCGACGUUAGUGCGAGUGCUAGUGCGAGUGCUCUUGCCAUGGCUGCCAAAAGACGAAGCGCCGGUGAUUUGUUGUUCAAUCCGAAAAGCUUCUCCAGGGAACAGCUCGACCGAGUUCGAAGCUGCGGCUCCAUCGGGGGCAGCAUCGGUGGAGUCAGCGGCUCCGGUGGCUCGAUCGAGGACAAAAUUUGGAGUAAUCGCAGACGAUCCUCCGUACCGGAUGCCAAUACGCGUGGAGAGUCCGGUGCAUCAGCCGGAGACGACGAUACGGAAGAUGAGCUCGAAUACGGCGGUGAUCCUCGUGCAACGACCUUGCCCCGAGGGAUGCAAACAGCAGCUGCAGCUUCUGCAGCAACGAAUUCACUGCCAAGAUUGCCAGCCUCGACGAAUUCGAGUGGGGGAGGCGUCGCAACGACUGUAAAUCCGACUACACCGAUGCACAAAGCGCACAGUGUUUAUCAUUUUUUGCCGCAGCAUACCGGUGUCAAAUCGGCGAGAUACCGACCGCCCGGUUUCGCGAGAAACAGCCUUGGAAAUGCCGGUGCGAGUGGCGGGCCAAAACGCGCUGUGAGCGCACCGGGCCUACAAGUUUCUGGCAGCCAAACGAGCAGUGGGAAGCGCGAAAACUCGAGAACUCGACGGCAACAGCAGGCGAUAUCUCUCACACCCGACGAUGGAAGCAGUCUAUCCGAGGCGUGCAGUACGCCUAUAAUCGGCGCUGGUUCUCGAGCCAUAUCGAGCAACGCCGUCAUGGAUAUCGACGACAUGGAUCGCGGACUGCAUUCCGGUCAUCUGGCGACACGAGCCUCUCUGUCCAGUCUCGGUGCAAGAUCCGACUCGAUGGCAUCGGUCUACAGCGGAGCCGGCGAGGGCAGAUGGUGCGGUUCGGUAGCUGUACGCGGAGAAGUCGAAUUUUCGCUUCAAUACGAUUACAAACAAUUGACUUUCGAAGUCCACGUGACACAGUGCAAAGAUUUGGCACCCGUUGAUAUCAAACGAAAUCGUUCUGACCCAUACGUGAAAGUUUAUCUUCUGCCGGACAAAUCGAAAAGCGGCAAACGAAAAACAAAGGUUAAAAAACAUACCUUAAAUCCGGUAUUCGACGAGACCCUCAAGUUCCACAUGAGCCUGAAUGGCUUGGAAACGAGAACUCUGUGGCUUACCGUCUGGCAUUCUGACAUGUUUGGCCGGAAUGAUUUUCUCGGUGAAGUCAGAAUGCCACUCGAGAAUAAAAUAUUCGAUGAUCCAACGCCGCGAUGGUACCCCCUUCAAGAAAGAACCGAGCCUUUCGACGAUCCGAUUUCGUACAAGGGUGAAGUUAUUGUUGGAUUGAAAUUUGUGCCGCCUGAUCCCGCUCAACUCGAACGUGAACGCGACAUCGGUACAGAACAUCGUGGACUCUCGAAGGGCCGGAAAAAUUGGAGCCGUGGCUCUCUCCACGUUCUCGUUAAAGAAGCACGCAAUCUUCAGACGAGAGCGAAAAAUUCAGGAACUUGUGAUCCAUUCUGCAAAAGUUAUCUUUUGCCCGACAAAGGCCGAUCUGGAAAACAAAAGACCGGUGUAGUGCGUAGAUCAGGAGGAUCCCCAGUUUGGGGUCAUACUUUUGUCUACAAGGACGUAAGUCUUCAAGAACUUGCUGAGCGCGGACUCGAGCUCACCGUCUGGGAUCAUGAUCGAAUAGCCAGUAACGAGUUCUUAGGAGGAGUCCGUUUUAAUCUUGGCUCCGGAAAACAUUACGGCAAAGUAGUCGAUUGGAUGGACGCAACGGGACGAGAAUUAUCACUGUGGCAGAGUAUGCUCGAAAGACCAAAUUUUUGGGUCGAGGGUGCUGUCACGCUACGACCAAACUUACACAAUCACGUUAAGGGUAGUGGAACUUAAAAAUGUGAUCACGUGAGAUGGGUAUAAUCCGGAGCGUCCUUUCACGUAGAGCAGGCAACCACAUAUCGAUCUCCAGAGGGAAACAUCCACGAGCUUUCAGGAGGAGGUUUUCCUACUUCGCCGCAUUCUCCGAAGUUGAGUUGUAUUUUUUCAAGCCCAAAAGAUACAUAGCGUGUUCAAAUUUCAAAGAAUUUUCUCCAAACGGAUGAAUAGUUACGAAAAAAGGCAAAGAUCUUCGUCCUAAAUAAAUGACAGGCGUUUCCCAUGAAAAUUUAGCACCCAAAUAUGAAAGCCGAGGCAGACAUUGUCAUUCAAAGUCAAAAAAAAAAGGUCUCUCAGAGUUGUCUCGAAAUGGAAAAAAAGAUGAGAAAAAACUCUUCUCGUUGUAGUCGCGUCUCUGUCGUGUACAAGACCGCGCGCGCCGAGACUGAUAUUGAUUCUACGUGGCCAACAGUACUUUAAUCAGAUAUCAUCGAAGAAAGAAACGCGAGUAUACCGUUAGUGGUUGUGGGAUAUCAAAAUGACAAAUGGACGAAUUUCUCUUAUCGAGAAAAACUUACUUCCACAUUUUUUUUACGUGAUGAAACAAAAAAAUUAACUCCGAAAAUCCGGAACCAUAUAUAUUUGAAUGUGAUCGAAAUAUAACUGAUAUCCGGAUACCAAUGAGAAUGAGAUAACAAUACGAAAGCAUGAAAUUAUGUAUCCAAAUAUGCAGAUAUAUUUAUACAUAAUACAAUAGUAAGUUUACAAAUUUACAGAUAUAUAUAUAUAUAUAAAUAUAAGUUAAUCAAUGUUAUAAAUAACAAAAGUCCUAUAGUACUUAAGGCAUUGCUACGAGCAACGAUUACUUAUGUGGAUGAAUCAUAGUUAUUAGAUUUCUGAACAAAAGAAAUGCAAGGCUGAGUUAAUCAUUCGUAAUCGUUUAUUCUCGCGUUACACAUUACAUACUCUGUAUAUACGAAUAAAAAAUCGCGUGUGUCGAGUCAAUUUUUGAGAGUACUUAACGUCAAAUAUCCGCGUAUUAUUUGAGAUUUAAGAUUCGAUAUAUACAAAUUUUCGAAGCUUUGACGAGCGUUUAUGGAUAUUUUUAGGCAAUCGUUUAUAAAACUUUAUAAUCUAGCGAAGAAAAAACAGGGUUGGAUGAUAGAAUUUAUUUCCAAAUUGUGUAUGAAUUUAUUGUCGGAAUAAUAUAAAUGACGAUGGAAAUAAUAAAUAGCUGCGUCGUUUUUCAAAAGUCAAUUAGGCGAUUGGAGUUUGUCGAAUCAAUUAUUUUCAUUUGUGCAAUUCAGACCGGUAGGGUUCAUACUUUUAUGAUAAUGUAAAACAGGACCAAUUUUUCUAUGCCGAUAAACUCCAAACGUAACGAUAAAAUGAAUAAUUCAACAUGUGUCAAGAAAUCUGAACGCUCGAGACGAGUAUAAACGAUCAGUCGUUAAUUAAUUAUGAAAAACAUUCUGGAAUACAUUAAUAUAUGUAUAUGUAUGUUUAAAAAACGUAGACAUCCAUUUACACUUAUUCCACUUACCAAUGUACAUGAGAAUAAAUCUUUUAUACCUUUA